UCCGGUCACGGGGUCUCAGCCCUGACGUGAAGAGCUUGGCAUUGUGGGAUUUCCUUCCUUUCUCGCUCUCCGGCCAUCUUGGCGGCUGUAGUGGGCUGGGGGCGUCUCGCGCCUAAGGCAGGAAGAUGGUGGCCGCAAAGAAGACGAAAAAGUCACUGGAGUCGAUCAACUCUAGGCUCCAACUGGUUAUGAAAAGUGGAAAGUACGUGCUGGGGUACAAGCAGACUCUGAAAAUGAUCCGACACGGCAAAGCGAAACUGGUCAUCCUCGCCAACAACUGCCCAGCCUUGAGGAAAUCUGAAAUAGAGUAUUAUGCCAUGUUGGCCAAAACUGGUGUCCAUCACUACAGUGGCAAUAAUAUUGAAUUGGGCACAGCGUGUGGAAAAUACUACAGAGUAUGCACACUUGCUAUCAUUGAUCCAGGUGAUUCUGAUAUCAUUAGAAGCAUGCCAGAACAGACUGGUGAAAAGUAAAUCAUGCACAAUUUUUCUUUAAUAAAACUGGCCAGAGCUUGUUUUAAAAAUA